CGGUAAUGACAUUUUUUCAUUUAUGAACUAGUUCUUCACAACGUUUUCUUUGUCUUUUGCCUUUAUAUGUUUAAUAAUUACUCGAGAGGCAGCGUGACGUUACUGCAAGACUUCGGCGGUUCCUGUUCAUCAUGUUCGGUCAAUGUUUCCUGCUGCUGCUCGUCGUAGUCGGAGCCUCAUCGGUGGAGGUCCAGAGACCCCGAGGUGUCCCUUUAUCAAAACGCCAGUUCUAUGAAGAGGGCAAACCUUUUACCUGUCUGGAUGGAUCUCGCACGAUUCCCUUUGACAGAGUGAACGACGACUACUGUGACUGUCAGGACGGUUCUGAUGAGCCAGGCACUGCUGCUUGUCCCAAUGGCAGCUUCCACUGCACCAACGCAGGCUUCCGGCCGGGUUUCAUCCCUUCUUCCCGCAUCAACGAUGGGAUCUGCGACUGUUGUGACGCAACCGAUGAAUACAACAGCGGUGCGGCCUGUCAGAACACCUGCAGGGAGUUGGGCCGCAAAGAGAGAGAAAGCUUGCAGAAGAUGGCAGAAAUUGCAAAGGAGGGUUUCCUGCUUAAACAGCAACUCAUCCAUGAGGCCAAGACUGGUAUCGAGGAAAAGCAGACCAAACUUGCAGAGGUUCAGAGCAGUAAGAAGGAUUUGGAAACGAAAGUGGAGGCUCUGAGAACUGUGAAGGAAACCAUGGAACAGCCAGAGAAAGAAGCUAAAGAGCGCCAUCUGAAGGCCUGGGAAGAACAAAAAGCUGAGAUUCGCAAAGAGAAAGACAAAGCCAGGAUGGUUGAAGUGUUCAUCGAGCUUGACGAUGAUGCAGAUGGCCUUGUCUCUGUGGCUGAGCUGAUGUCUCAUUCGGAGCUCGAUCCGGAUUCAGAUGGUACAUUCUCAGACGUGGAGGCUCAGGGACUGUUGGGAGGAGUGGACAAAGUGGACACCGCAGCGUUCGAGUCUGUGUGGAAUAACAUCAAAGAUAAAUAUGUUUUAGAGUCCAAUCCAGACACCCCAGUCCCGCUCGAGACGCCACCUGAAGAACGGGAGCCAGUCCCCGACAAUGACUCUGAUCAGUACGCUGAAGAUGAAGUCCCAGAGGAAGACGAGGAGGACGAGGAGGAGGAUGAAGAUGAUGACUCGGAUGAUGGAGACUAUAAGGUUCCUCCUACGACAGGGACUCAAGAAAAGAAGGAUGAUGAUGAUGAGGGAACCAUGCCACCUUAUGACCAAGAAACACAGACCCUCAUUGAUGCUGCUCAGAAAGCCAGGGAUGAAUUUGAUGAGGCUGAGAAGGCUCUCCGGGAAGUGGAUGAUCAGAUCAAGAACCUCGAGAAGGAAAUUUCCUUCGACUUUGGGCCCAGUGCUGAAUUUGCCUACCUCUAUAGCCAGUGCUACGAACUAUCUACAAGCGAGUAUAUAUACAGGCUCUGUCCAUUUAACAGAGUGUCCCAGAAACCCAAGUAUGGUGGCUCAGAAACAAAUUUAGGAACCUGGGGGAAGUGGGCGGGUCCGGAGGAUGAUGUCCACUCCGUGAUGAAGUAUGAACACGGCACAGGGUGCUGGCAGGGCCCCAACAGGUCCACCACUGUGAAGCUGACCUGUGGAAAGGAGACGGUGGUGACGUCGACCUCGGAGCCGAGCCGCUGCGAGUACCUGAUGGAGUUCACCACUCCGGCCAUCUGCAAAGAGCCUCCCGUCGUGGACUCAAUGCUUCAUGGACACGAGGAGCUCUAGAUGGUCUUCAUUCGUUGCUCUCGUGGGACCACAGUCACUACAGCGAUAUGAAGUUGCCAUGCUGUGAGCAGCACCGCCUCAGUUCCAUUAACUACUGAGAGCAAAUCAGCAAAAUUCCAAUCAGAAGUUUCUUGUAGUAUCGUCUACAUUUCAAGCUUGUGCGACUUUUUCUGCUUCUGAUGUUUUGUGUCAAGUGUAGAUUCAUUCCAAUUUGUUUCCAAAAUAAAGUUGUUUUUGCCAC